AUGGAAACCCCGGCCCAACGACCAAAGACUCGCAGCCAGACUCGUGACCAAGUUAAUUGCUCUGAUGUUCCGGAGGGAGAGUAUGCUGAAGCAGCCAUCCUGGAAAGUCCUGUCCGGGUUCCAGUCAAAUUCACAACUGAGAGUUUUAGAGACGUUGAGCCACUGCCUUUGACCAUCCACACUGAGGAGCCUGUCGCACCACCAGUCCUCAGUGAUGUUGAACUACCUGACCUCCACUCACCUGCUCAAAAUCUGGACCCUGAAAACCACUUACCUGAAGAACCUGCCACCUCCGAUCCACCUACAUCCCUGGUGGGAGAAGAGGAAGUGCCAGAGGGAGAAGACUAUCUUGAGCCAGUACCUGUGGAGGAAGAAAUACUUACCAAUGACUUACCCGUUGAACCUGAACUGUCCCUAGACACUGAGGUUGCUGAUCCAUCGACCGUCCAACCUGAGCCAUCCUUCGGGCCCAUCAAUUCACCCGAAACUGUCUCUAAUGUGGCGGAACCCGAAACAGUUCUUAGGCGUCCUGGGCGUCAACGCCAGCCACCCAGUCGUCUCACAGUUCGCAUGCAGCAGAGUCGUCCUCUGACGAGGAUUCACCCCCUUUCACCCCGACGAGCAGAGCACCUAAGCGAGCCCGUCCGUCUACGUCCAGGGGCCGUGGACUGGGUCGGGGUCGGCGUGCCCCGAGAGGCCGAAGUGCUGGCAACGUAG